AUGCAGACGCCGUCGUCGCCGCCCCCUCCGUCGCUGCUCUCCCCCAUUGGCUAUCAGAAUAGCAGCUGCGGCUAUUGCCGUAAUAAUGCAGGAGGCUUUUCAUACUAUGCGUCAACAACAUCGUUGACUACGGCACUGUACCAAUCUCUUCUCAAUCGCGGGUGGAGACGAUCGGGGUCGUUGCUCUACAAGCCGGAUCAGCGUGCUUCCUGCUGCCCCCAGUAUACUAUUCGUCUGGACUCGGAGUCCUUCCACCCCUCCAAAGACCAACGGCAGGCCCUGAACCGGUUCAACAGUUUUAUCCUGGGGGACCCGUACACCAAGGAAGCAGCAAGGCUGUAUCCAAGGUCACGCGAGGAUGCGAAGAAACGUAAUACCGAAUUCAGCGUGGUGGAACGUGUCCAUGAAAGUGAGAAGGACCGGUUGAAGACUCCACCAGAACCCGCCCAUACCUUAGUUGUUACUCUCGAGCCAGAUAAUUUCACAGAGGAGAAGUAUGCCGUCUUCGAGAACUACCAGCGGCUGGUUCAUCAUGAACCGCCAAAUAAAAUCACCAAACCCGGCUUCCGGGGAUUUCUCUGCUCUUCACCGCUCCCGCGAAGCACGGCCAUGAUAGAUGGAAAGGAGCGCCGGCUGGGAUCAUAUCAUCAAUGUUAUCGAAUAGACGGCAGACUGAUUGCUAUAGGCGUCCUCGACCUACUGCCCCAAUGCGUCAGCGCGGUCUACUUUUUAUACCAUGAAUCAGUCCACCAACAUUGCUUUGGGAAACUGGGUGCGUUGAGAGAGAUUGCACUGGCGAAAGAGGAGGGCUACAAGUGGUGGUAUGCUGGGUUCUAUAUACACAACUGUGUGAAAAUGAGGUACAAGGGUGAUUAUUCGCCACAAUACGUGUUAGAUCCAGAUUCAUAUCGUUGGGAUCUGCUGGAUGAUAGCCUGAAAAAGAAGCUGGACAGCGGAAAGUAUGGCAGGUUGCCACAUGAGGGAUCAGAAGAGGCAAGCCAGUCUAUUGAGCUAUCGGACGGGGUCACGGAGUCGGAUAAAAUCACCGACGAGGCGUCCGAUUCUGAUAAUAGUCCACCCCUCGUGGAUCCCGAUAUCCCGAUAUUCCUCAGGUCCAUACCUGGGAUUCUUACCGCGGACCAAAUCUUAACAGAAGUCGACCUUGAUCAUAUCAAACUGCGGGUUCGAGAGCAAGAAGCGGAGACGAGUGACCUAAUCAGUUGGGAUGAUAGCUCUAUCGACAACCCCCAAUCAAUCAAGGGUAUUAUCGCAGAACUAGUGGCUGCAGUAGGCCCAGACGUGGCUAAAGAGAUGACUGUCUACUUUAGCUAA